AAGCAAGCAAGCAAGCAAGCAAGCUCUCCCUCCUUUUGCAUCUACACCACAGCUUCAAACCAUGGCUGCUCGUCGUACAAGGAAGCGCCGCGUGCAGCGGGCCACGUCCAAUGUGUUUGCCAUGUUUGACGAGGCACAGAUCCAGGAGUUCAAGGAGGCCUUCAGCAUGAUUGACCAAAACCACAACGGCGUCGUCGACGAGGAGGAUCUGCGGGAGAUGUACUCCUCCCUCGGUCAAGUGCCUGAUGACGCACAGAUCAUGAAGAUGCUGAGCGAGGCACCAAACCCAAGCAAGCUCAACUUCACCAUGUUCCUCACGCUCUUCGGCGACAAGAUGACCGGGUAUGAUCCAGAAGACGUGAUCAAGAACGCAUUCGCAUGCUUCGACCCGGAAGGCACGGGCAAAAUAGAUGAGGACAAGCUGCGUGAGUUGCUGACGACGAUGGGAGACCGGUUCACAGACGAGGAAGUGGACGAAAUGUUCAGAGGAGCGCCCAUUGACAGCGAUGGAAAGUUCGACUACAGAGAAUACACGCGUGUGCUGAAGCACGGCGCAAAGGAUGAGUCGUAAACUCUUCCUGUCCCCCUCCUCUCAAAUUCAUAUCCCCCCCCCCCCCCCAACAACAACAACAACAACAAAAACACGUU